GGGGAAAUAUCACAACUUGCAACUGGGCGCUAUUCGGUUCUGGGCCUCUUUCGUUAACGAGAAAUAAGGCUUUCUUUCCUCUGAAGGCCUUUGGCACUGGCAGAAAUCGAAGUGUAUUAGGCCAACUUUGGAAAGAUAUACUAAGUGACUUGGGGAGGGGGGGGACGACCCGGAUUUUUGACAGCCCAGGUCUGAUAUUCAUUCAUAAGUUUAACUCAGUGUCUUCCAAACUUGGCAAUUCUAAGAAGUAUGGACUUCAAUUCCCAGAAUUCCCCAGUCAGCAUUGGGAGUUGAAGUCCACACAUUUUAAAAGUUGUCAAGUUUGAAAAACGCGGAGUUUAACCCUAAUUUACAGUUCAUAUGAAUUUCCAGAGAGGUAGUCUGGUGUGAAAAGGCAAGUGGGAUGGGUCCUACUUAGAACUUGGAUGAGAAAGCAAGAAACACGAUCAAAGUUGCAGGUUUUAAAAAAUUGCAAAAAAAAAAAAAUAAUAAUCCCAGAAGGCAGCAGUGACAAAUUACUUUUACAUUUGCCAAGAUGGUUCUGAUUUUUUUUACAGCUCAAAUCAGUUAUCUCCAAACUACAGUACAUAGAUAUAUUCAUUUUGGGUUAUUUGUAUGUUUGCUUUAUAUAUAUAUAUAUAUAUAUAUGUACUGUUUAUGUUUUAAUUGGAAGCAUCCCAGAGUCAUGAAUGUGGAGUAGACAGCUAUAUAAAAUGAAUAAAUAAUUCACGAAGUCACAAGUAGUAGAGCUGACUUGGCUUUACUUUUGGCUGAGUUAGUUGUUUGCAAAAACCACCAAGAAUAUUGUAGCAUUUCAAAUAUUAAUAUGUGAAUGGAUCACAGAUUACAUUAUUAAGUGCCUUGACAAUAGUGACACAGGAGAAUUAAAUAAACAGCCAUUGUUGAAAAUGAUCUGGUCAAAGACAGAAUUACCUAAGAAAUUACCAUUAACAAAUCUGGUCACUUUUUAGCAUUCCCUGUAUUUAUUACUCUCCCCAAUGAAGUCCACAUAUUGCCUAUUUCAAGACAGUUCCUUGAAACUAAAGACAAUGAGUCUGAUUCAAGAAAGUUUGUUGUUUUAAAGAGUUACAAAACCUGUUCCAGUUGUCUUCCUUAUUCCUCCCAACAGAUGUUAACAUGUUCUAAAACCUGUGAGAGAUGCUAAUUACACUUUGCCUUUUAAAAAAACUGUUUGUAGGUGUGUUGUAUAAGUAUAUACUGUGGACAUUGAAGAAGAUAUUGACUGAAAAAUAUUGGUGCUUUUGAAUUUUGGUGUUGGAGAAGAUUCCUGAGAAUAUGUGGACAACCAAGAAAACAAACCAAUAGAUCACUGAAUAAAUCAACUCCAAGUUCUCACUUGAGGCACAAAUGACCAGGCUCAAAUUAUCCUACUUUGGAUAUAUUAUGCAGAUAUCUAGCUCUAUAGAAAAGACUCUAAUGCUAAGAAAGGAGGAAAGAAAGAAGACGACUAGCAACCAGCUGGAUGGACUCAAUUACAGUGAUGACAAAUGCACAGUAGGAAGACUGGGUUAGGGGCAAAAUGCCAUGGACAAAAUCCAUCUGUGUGGUCACAGAAUAAAAAAAAAUGAGUUGAUGAUACAUUAACAGUCAAUAUAUAUACAUGCUGUCCAGGGACAGUUUGAGAUGGUUAAAAUCAAUAAAUAAAUGUGAUGUGUAUGUGUACAGGUGUUUGUAUCAUCUCUUCAUGCUUCAGAUACAGUUACUUUUUAAUACUAAUGCAAAAUCUGUUUGUGGCAAUGGCAAUACAAAGAGACAAGCCAUUUUGAAAAUAUAAAAAAGGAGAGUGACUUAAGCAAAAACUUUGAGGUUUUGCCAAGCAGCUGUGCAGCUGUUACCAAUGGGAAAGGAAAACAGUGGUCAGAAAGAACUUCAGUUGAGUUUGUCAGUUACAAACACACAUUUUCAGAAGCAUCCUUGCUCCUUGAAAUGAUGCUGUGGGCUUUCCAAGUGAACCUGGCCUGGAGGCCAUUUGGGCAUCUCUUGAUCAUUGCAGUUUUCCAGCUUCUGACAUGUCACCACUCCUUAGGUCUAUUUUCAACUCUGACACCACCACUCUAUCUGGAAAUAAAUGGUGAAAGAAAGACCCUGUUUAUAUGUUUGGUGAAUGACUUCUCCGAGAACUCACUAGGAGUAAUUUGGUUUUCUAAUGGAAAUGGGACCAUGUUGGACUCUUAUACUUACGGCAUUUUCAAGGAAGAAGAUGGCUCUUUCAGCACAAUCGCACAAAUUUCCAUACCCAGCAAAGAAUUUGAAUCAUGGAAUAUUGUCAUUUGCUCGGUUGCACAAAAUCAAAACUCAAGAAUAUGGAACACUACCUCUCUACAAAUCUCUGAGGAGCAACAUAUGGAUGAUCUAUGCCUGUAUGAAAAUCAAGGAGUAGUGGAGGAACAGAUGUUGUCUACUGAAAUUCUGCAUAAUCGUACACAAGAAUUACAUCUUCUGGCCAUCAGAACUUUGCUGUUCAAGUUCCUAAUGUUUAAUGUACUGAUGACCUGCUGCAUCCUUUACAAAAGAUAAGCAAAAUUGUAGUGCAUUGUUACUAUAAGCUCAAAUUAUUAAAAAGAAACAUGAAAAGAACUGCUAAUAUUUUUAAAUGCAUUAAAUGCUUCAAGGAAUCUGGAACAGACUGCCUCAAACAGCAAUGAACUUAAAUUGGUCAUCUGUUUAUCAGAUAUGCUAUGAAUGUAGCACAAGGUAGCUUACGGCACACUUGAGGUCCAAUCCUAUCAUUUUGUGAUGUCCAUUCAGAAUUCCAGUCAUAAGGAAGUAUUCAGUUAUUAACUCCCGAGUUCCAGCAACUGGAUGAUGGAGGCAAUCUUUGAUAAAACUUAAUCAAUGGGAACUCUGCAUGUGAUGGCCUCAAGACACAUCGGACUGAUUCCAUGUUGCUGCUUAAUCAUCAGGAUUAAUGCAAUGUAAGAAUUUAAAAUGUGCUACCUUAAUCAUUUAUUAAACCAUGUCUGAUUCAUUAAAUCAUCAUCAUCUUUUUUUCAGGCUUAUGUGGAAGUUUUAAAAAAGACUAGCAUGAAUUAAGGCAGUGUUUCUCAAUCUCAGCAACUCUAAGAUAUAUGGACCAACUCCGAGAAUUUCCCAGCUAGCAUUCCCCUUUCUCCAUUCUGUGGGUUCCCUUACUCCCUUGGGGUGGAGAUGGCUGCUUUGUUCAUUGGUGCUUUUUUCUCUCUCAAUAAAAGCUUUGAUAUCCUUGCUUGAGGUGUUUUUCUUUU